AUGGCCAACGGCGAGAUCAUCAUCCUCCCCUUCCACGAUUCCGGUCACGUCUUUCCCGCCACCGAGCUCGCCUCCCGCCUCGCCGCCCGGAACUACUGCGUCACCCUUCUCCUCCCUUCGGCUCCCUCCACCAACUCCUCCCGUCUCAGUCCCCUCAUCCAAAUUGUGGAACAUCCCAGGGUUCAUCCUCCAUCAGCUCCGCCGGCGUCGUCCUCUCCUCCUCCCGCUCCGCCCUUUCAGGAGGAUUUCUCGCUCUUUCGAGACCUCCUGCACGAGAGGAUGGGCGGGGAGGAUCGAUCCGCUCGCCCGGUGUGCGCCAUCGUGGACGUGAUGAUGGGCCAGGCGCUCGAUGUGUGCCGCGAGUUCGGCCUGCCCGCGGCUAUCUUCUUCACUUCCAGCGCUUGCUCGGCCGCGAUGGAUUACGCUGCGGCGAAGAUAAGAUCUGGAGAAUCCGACGCGCUUCGAGGUUUGCCGGAGGAGAUGGAUCUGCCGACCGCAGACCUGAUGCGGGCCGGUCCGCCUCCGUUACGUCCGAGAGGCGAUCUUGCUCCGCCACCGCCUCCAUUCGAGCAUCGUCACCACGGUGGAGGGCCGAUCCCUCCGCCUUUGGUCCCAGGUGGCGAUCUAGCUCCGCCACCGCUUCCAUUCGAACAUCGGCACCAAGGUGGAGGGCCGAUCCCGCCUGGUCCGCCGCCGGCCCUCGCACAAAUGGACGGCGCGAUCGCCCUUCUCUUCAAUACGUGCGACGAUCUGGAACAUCCAUUCCUCGAAUACCUAGCGAGCAAAGCGAAAAAGCCGAUUUGGGGCAUUGGUCCUCUCCUCCCGUCUCAAUUUUGGUCCGCUGCGGGCUCCGUCCUUCGCGACGGUGCAAUCAGGUCCACGACCGGAAAAGGUAACCCUGGCGCCAUCUCAGAAUCCGACGUCAUCGAGUUCCUCGAUUCAAAGCCCCAUGGUUCCGUGCUCUAUGUCUCCUUCGGGUCGAUCGUCAUCCCCAGCGACGAGGAGCUCCAGGAGCUGACGGAAGCUCUCAAGGAGUCGAGCCGCCCGUUCAUCUGGGCCUUGCAACGACACACACGGCGACCCGGCGCGCCCAAGGUCUACUUCCCCGAGGGGCUGGCGGAGGAGGCCAAGGGAAGGGGGAUGGUGAUCCACGGCUGGGCGCCACAGCUGUUGAUACUGAGCCACCCGGCCGUAGGGGGGUUUGUGACGCACUGCGGGUGGAACUCAACGGUGGAGGCGCUCGGCCUCGGCGUGCCCGUCCUCGCGUGGCCGGUGCACGGCGACCAAGUUUGGAACGCGAAGCUGGUGGUGCGGAGGCUGAGGACGGGGUUGGCCGUGAUGGCGAGAGCGGAGGGAUGGUGA